UUCCAUAGAUGAAAAGCCCACAUAAAGAGCUAAGGAAUCACACACUGGCAUAGCACAGUCAUGUUUGUUCUAAAGCUUGUGUUCCUGGCUCUCUUGGCCUUAUCAGCUGCUCAGCAAGACAUUCCUCGAUACAUUCAAGGCCAGUGGAUUAUCCCUGAUGAGAUUCCCCAGUAUGAAGACCCUGAACAAUCUCUAGCAGUAGAGGAAAGGAUAUGGCCCCAGAGCCCCGAUGUUGUUGAACUGGUGACACCGGAGGACCAGAACUUGCUGACUACUCCAGAGCCACAUGCUAUGGAGGCAUAUGCUAGAAAGGAACAAGAUUCAGAUGAAGGAGGAGAAUCGGCAGUAUGGAAAAUCUGUCUGGUAGUAUCUGUCCUGCUGGUGUCUCUAGUGGGAUCUCUGAGCAUGACCUAUUACAUGUGUGUCUGGAGAGGAGGCAGAAUUCACUAUAAGCCUCAGAGGGAGGAUAAUGCUUAAAAUAAAGAACUUUCUGUAGAAACUAUUGUCUCGUCACUCUGAAAGCUUUAGUCCAUGGAGUAGGUGUUUUAUUUUUUUUCUACAGCUUGUUCUCUUUCCUGCCAAUGAUUUCUGACCAUGAAAAAGUCAAGCAGAAUGUGAAGUACUUCAAGUUUUAAAAAAUUAACAAUUGUCUUAAGUCUGACUUUCUUGUAACUACUUCACAAAAAAACAAAUAAAAUCCUUCCCUUGAAA